AUGUCAUUCAACAAGGAUAAGGCCGACGCUGAAGCUCCCCAGCAGCUCCGAAAGAUCAGAAUCACUCUGACUUCCACCAAGAUGAAGUCUCUUGAGAACGUCUCCGCUGACAUCAUCUCUCGAGCUAAGAACUCCAACGUUGGCGUCAAGGGCCCCGUCCGACUCCCCACCAAGGUUCUUAACAUCACCACCCGAAAGACCCCUAACGGUGAGGGUUCCAAGACCUGGGAUCACUUUGAGAUGCGAAUCCACAAGCGACUCAUCGAUCUCCACUCCCCUGCUGAGGUUGUCAAGAAGAUCACCUCUAUCAACAUCGAGCCUGGUGUGGAUGUUGAGGUCACCAUUGCCGCUUAA